UGUCCACGCUCGUCUCGGGCAAUCAUGGGUAACUGGGUGGAGAAUGAAGGACUGUCCAUCUUCGUCGUUCUUGUGUGGCUGGGGUUAAAUGUCUUCCUCUUUUGGUGGUACUAUCUUGCAUAUGAUAUCCCACCAAAAUUCUUCUACACCAGAGUACUCCUUGGCCGUGCUUUGGCUCUGGCAAGGGCCCCAGCAGCUUGUCUGAAUUUCAAUUGCAUGCUGAUUCUGCUGCCAGUAUGUCGAAACUUGCUCUCCUUCCUCAGAGGAUCAAGUGCGUGCUGCUCUACCCGUGUCAGACGACAGCUGGACAGGAACCUCACCUUUCACAAAAUGGUGGCAUGGAUGAUCGCCCUUCACACUGCAAUUCACACCAUCGCACACUUAUUCAACGUAGAGUGGAGUGUGCAAGCCCGUGUUGAAGAGAAAGGGACUCUGGCCGCUGUGCUUUCUAGCCUUGGUGAUAAAGCAAAUGAAAGCUAUAUCAACUUUUUCAGAAAAACUAUUGGGAACCCUGUGGGAGGCCUAUACGUGGCUUUCACCUACUUGGCUGGUCUCACUGGUGUUAUCAUCACGCUGGCCCUCAUACUAAUCAUCACGUCAUCUACCAAAACCAUCCGAAGGUCAUAUUUCGAAGUAUUCUGGUACACUCACCAUCUCUUUGUCAUCUUCUUUAUUGGCCUUGUCAUCCAUGGUGCUGGGCGUAUUGUACGGGGGCAGACAGCUGAGAGUCUGGAUGAGCAUAAUCCACAGAUUUGCUACAAGAACUUCACUCACUGGGGGAAGAAGGGGGCUUGCCCAAUCCCCCAGUUUUCAGGGAAUCCUCCUAUGACAUGGAAGUGGGUAGUAGGUCCCAUGUUUUUGUACCUGUGUGAGAGGUUGGUGCGGUUUUGGAGGUCACAGCAGAAGGUUGUUAUCACAAAGGUGGUCAUUCAUCCCUUCAAGACAAUUGAGCUCCAGAUGAUGAAGAAAGGCUUCAAGAUGGAGGUCGGGCAAUACAUUUUUGUCAAAUGUCCAGCAGUGUCUAAACUGGAAUGGCAUCCAUUUACAUUAACCUCUGCUCCAGAAGAGGAUUACUUCAGCAUUCACGUCCGUAUUGUAGGAGACUGGACAGAGGGCUUGUUCAAUGCCUGUGGAUGUGAUAAGCAAGAAUUCCAGGAGGCAUGGAAGUUGCCCAAGAUAGCUGUGGAUGGCCCCUUUGGAACAGCGAGUGAGGAUGUAUUCAGUUAUGAAAUUGUUAUGCUUGUUGGAGCUGGAAUAGGGGUCACCCCCUUUGCAUCUGUACUCAAGUCUGUCUGGUACAAAUACUGCCACGAUGCAACCAACCUAAAACUCAAGAAGAUUUAUUUUUACUGGCUUUGCAGGGACACUCAUGCCUUUGAAUGGUUUGCUGACCUCUUGCAAUCUCUGGAGGCUCAAAUGCAGGAGAGGAAUAACGCAGAGUUUCUCAGCUAUAACAUCUACCUUACAGGCUGGGAUGAAUCUCAGGCCACUCACUUCGCAGUGCAUCAUGAAGAAGAGAAAGAUGUGAUUACAGGCCUUAAACAGAAAACCUUGUAUGGAAGACCUAACUGGGAAAAUGAAUUCAAAACUAUUGCUGGGCAGCAUCCUGGCUCCAGAAUAGGUGUUUUUCUCUGUGGACCUGAAGGCCUAGCUGACACACUCAACAAGCAGAGCAUCAGCAACUCAGAAGCUGACCCGCGAGGAGUACACUUCAUUUUUAACAAGGAAAAUUUCUAACUCCCAAGCAUAUGGGAGUCAUUCGAUACAAAGUCUAAAGACUGGAUCCCUUUUUCUGUUUGGAGUUUGGGAAGGACAGCCCAGGUUCUAAUCUCAGCUACACUAACGUAAAUCCCUUUGCUUCUUGGGAAUUAUUUUGGCGCUGUGGUAGAGUAAAAGAGUCAAGUUUUACCUUAGAGAAGUUUGC